AUGGACGAAUAUGGCACAACGUCAUACUCUCGAUACUCGCUGGAGGAUGGUCAAUGCCACAGUGCACCAAUGCCAGAUGUGGAUGAGCCAGUGACCGGCAUAGCUGCAUGCUACGAUGGUCGCAAGUACAUCUACCUCAUUGGCGGAUAUUGCAAAGAUAACAAGUGA